ACCAUGGUGGCCCUGAGCGGUCUGGCGUCGGCGCUGGAGUCGUACAGGGGCCGCGACCGCCUGGGCCCAGGUCAGGGGUGAUCCAAAUCAGUCCUGCAGCACGGCCAUGCUGACGACUUCUGGUUUCCCACAGAUCCGAACGCUGGGUUACUGCUGCCAGCUGGUGGGCGGGGUCCUGGUGGAGCAGCGUGCUACCAGGUCAGAAGUGGGGACGCGCCUGCUGGUACUGUCCUCCCAACUCAGCCACUGCAGGACCAUCCUGCGACUCUUUGAUGACCUGGCCAUGUUUGUCUACACUAAGCAGUACGGCCUUGGGGCAGAGGAGGAGGACGUCUUUGUCCGCUGUGUGUCUGUUCUGGGCAACCUGGCCGACCAGCUCUACUACCCCUGUGAGCACGUUGCUUGGGCUGCUGACACCAAAAUCCUCCACGUGGACUCUGCUCGGUGGUGGACACUGAGCACAACCUUCUGGGGCCUCUCCCUGCUCCUAGGGAUUGCUAGGUCCCUGUGGAUGGUCCUGAAGCUGAGACGGAGGCUGAGGAGCCCCCAGGUAGCCUCCCCAAGCUGGCGGCCCUGGGGCAAGCAGAGGGCCGUGGAGGCCCAGAUCCGGUCGGAGGUGCUGACCCUCCUGAGCAACUUGGCUGACCUGGCCAACGCAGUGCACUGGCUACCCCCGGGCAUCCUGUGGUCUGGCUGCUUGCCCCCGUGGGUGGUGGGCCUCCUGGGUACCAUCUCCUCCCUCCUCAGCGUGUACCAGGCAGCCCAGGCCGGUGGCCAGGCUGACGCUGACCCCUGAUGGGACCCAGGUGCCCAUGGACUUGGCUGGAAGCCCAAUGAGUGUCCCUUCCCAAGGGCAACGAUGGCCCGGGUGGGAGCCGGGUCUUUCAUGGAGCAAAUCAAGGCCAGGUGCACCUGCGGCCCCCCAGGACCAGCGUCCUCCGGGGCAGAGCGGAAAGAUCCCACGAAGUCUGUGCAGUGGAUAAGGGCAUCGCAGGCUGGAGUACUGAAUCCAGUAAAGGGAGCGGGGGAGCAGGGACAGGCGGCCUGCACCAGGGGGGGCGUGAGGAAGGUCUGAGUGAGAGUCAAUUAAAUGCUGUGGGGCUG